CGAGCGGCAGCUGUCAGGCCACCGAGGUCCAAGCUGCACUUGCUGCCCCAUUGAGGACGAGGCGGCAGCAGGAGCGGUGACGGUGUCUCUGAAGAGCCCGACUCCCGGCACGCAGAGCUGAGCUGCCCGGCACCGCGGCCCUCUCCCGUCUCCUUCCCACCGUACUGGAACUCUAAAAAGAAAGAAUAAAACAACAACAGGAAAAAAGAAAAAUAUUAGAAUUGUGACAAAACCCAACUGGGUUCUCUUGGUUACAAAGUCCUCCCCUUCUGGUGCUGCAACAAUGAGUGGGAAAUCCCUGCUCCUAAAGGUCAUUCUCUUGGGUGAUGGUGGAGUUGGGAAAAGCUCACUUAUGAACCGUUAUGUAACCAAUAAAUUUGACUCCCAGGCUUUUCACACCAUAGGGGUAGAGUUCUUAAAUCGAGAUCUGGAGGUAGAUGGACGCUUUGUAACUCUCCAGAUCUGGGACACUGCAGGGCAGGAACGUUUCAAGAGCCUUAGGACACCCUUCUACAGGGGAGCAGACUGCUGCCUCUUGACCUUCAGCGUGGAUGACCGGCAGAGCUUCGAGAACCUUGGUAACUGGCAGAAGGAAUUUAUUUACUAUGCAGAUGUGAAGGACCCUGAGCACUUUCCCUUUGUAGUUCUGGGUAACAAGGUAGACAAAGAGGAUAGGCAAGUGACUACUGAGGAGGCACAGGCCUGGUGCAUGGAAAAUGGGGAUUACCCUUAUCUAGAAACUAGUGCCAAAGAUGAUACUAAUGUGACAGUGGCCUUUGAAGAAGCUGUCAGGCAGGUGUUGGCUGUAGAGGAACAGCUGGAGCAUUGCAUGUUAGGUCACACCAUUGACUUGAACAGUGGCUCCAAAGCAGGAUCUUCAUGCUGUUAAAAGUAAGGAGCCUUUAAAAGUGUGCCCCAAAUUGGUCAGUCAGUAGUAUAUGAAUAACUGUGCCCCUCUAAGUGCACACAUGCACACAAGAGGGUAAGAGAUAAGGUUCUGAUUGUGAAACAGAGCCUUUCAAAUCGAAGCUGUAGAGCGAUUU